GCAAAAUACAUCUCCCAGUGCAUCGAUGAGAUCAAGCAGGAGCUGAAGCAGGAUAACAUUGCAGUGAAAGCAAACGCCGUCUGCAAACUCACAUAUUUACAGAUGCUGGGCUAUGACAUCAGUUGGGCUGCUUUCAACAUUAUUGAAGUCAUGAGUGCAUCAAAGUUUACAUUCAAAAGAAUCGGUUACCUAGCUGCCUCUCAGUGCUUUCAUGAAGGGACUGAUGUAAUUAUGUUGACUACUAAUCAGAUCCGAAAGGAUCUGAGUAGCCCUAACCAGUAUGAUACUGGAGUUGCACUGACUGGCUUGUCCUGUUUUGUUACUCCAGAUCUUGCCAGGGACUUGGCAAAUGACAUCAUGACACUGAUGUCUCAUACAAAGCCUUAUAUCAGGAAGAAGGCAGUGUUAAUCAUGUAUAAAGUUUUUUUGAAGUACCCAGAGUCUCUCCGUCCCGCGUUUCCUCGCCUUAAAGAGAAACUUGAAGAUCCAGAUCCCGGUGUGCAGUCUGCUGCAGUAAAUGUUAUUUGUGAGCUGGCUCGACGCAAUCCCAAAAACUACCUUUCCCUUGCUCCGCUCUUUUUCAAGUUGAUGACGUCAUCAACCAAUAAUUGGGUUCUCAUUAAAAUUAUAAAACUGUUUGGUGCUCUUACUCCAUUAGAACCUAGACUGGGAAAGAAAUUGAUUGAGCCUCUGACCAACCUCAUCCAUAGCACUUCAGCCAUGUCUCUCUUAUAUGAAUGUGUGAACACAGUAAUAGCAGUUCUGAUCUCUCUGUCCUCUGGGAUGCCUAAUCACAGUGCUAGCAUCCAGCUUUGUGUUCAGAAGUUAAGGAUAUUGAUAGAAGAUUCUGACCAGAACUUGAAAUACCUGGGACUGUUAGCUAUGUCCAAAAUCCUGAAAACACAUCCUAAAUCAGUUCAAUCUCACAAGGAUCUCAUUCUCCAGUGUUUGGAUGACAAAGAUGAGUCUAUACGACUCAGAGCUUUAGAUCUUCUCUACGGCAUGGUGUCGAAGAAGAACUUGAUGGAGAUAGUGAAGAAACUGAUGAUUCACGUGGAUAAAGCAGAAGGAACGACGUACCGGGAUGAGCUGCUGACCAAAAUCAUAGAUAUUUGUAGUCAGUCCAAUUAUCAAUAUAUCACAAACUUUGAAUGGUACAUAAGCAUCUUGGUGGAGCUGACUCGGUUGGAAGGCACACGACACGGACACCUUAUAGCAGCUCAGAUGUUAGAUGUAGCUAUCAGAGUUAAAGCCAUUCGUAAAUUUGCAGUUUCCCAGAUGGCUAUGCUUCUGGACAACGCUCAUCUCAUAGCCAGCAACACCCAGAGAAAUGGAAUCUGUGAGGUGCUUUACGCUGCUGCUUGGAUAUGUGGGGAGUUCUCUGAACACCUCGAGGAAGCAAACCAAACUUUAGAAGCUAUGUUGAGGCCUAAAGUUACAACUCUACCAGGCCACAUCCAGGCGGUUUAUGUCCAGAACAUGGUGAAGCUCUAUGCCUCCAUCCUACAGCAGAAAGAGCAGUCUGGGGAAAAGGAAGCAGCUCAGGAAAUUACACAGCUGAUGAUUGAGCGUUUGCCUCAGUUUGUACAGAGUGCAGAUCUAGAAGUUCAGGAGAGGGCUUCUUGCAUUUUGCAACUAAUAAAAUAUAUUCAGAAGCUCCAAAUAAAAGAGGUACCUGUAGCUGAGGAAGUAAUAGCCCUGUUUGCUGGUGAGCUGAACCCUGUGGCUCCUAAAGCACAGAAGAAAGUACCCGUUCCAGAGGGCUUGGACCUUGAUGCCUGGAUCAAUGAACCUCCAUCAGACAGCGAGUCUGAAGAUGAAAAGCCCAAAACAAUAUUCCAUGAUGAGGAACAAAGGCAUUCCAGACAUAGACAGCCAGAAAUAGAUGAAGAGGAACUGGCCAGACGUCGAGAAGCCCGGAAACAAGAACAGGCAAACAACCCAUUCUAUAUAAAAAGCUCUCCUUCCCCGCAGAAGCGAUACCAAGACACUCCAGGUGUGGAACAUAUACCUGUGGUCCAGAUUGACCUUUCUGUCCCCUUAAAAGUUCCAGGAAUGACUAUGUCUGACCAGUAUGUGAAACUGGAAGAAGAACGAAGACACAAACAGAAACUGGAGAAAGACAAGAAAAAGAAAAAACAGAAAAAAGAGAAGAGAGGUAAACAUCAUCGCCACAACUCUCUGCACACGGAGAGUGAGGAGGACAUUGCUCCAGCUCACCAUGUCGAUAUCAUAACAGAAGAGAUGCCAGAGAAUGCUUUGCCCAGUGAUGAAGAUGACAAAGAUCCCAAUGAUCCAUAUAAGGCACUUGAUAUAGAUCUGGAUAAACCCUUAGCAGACAGUGAGAAACUGCCAGUGCAGAGACACAGAAAUGUUGAGACCCUGAAGUCACCCGACUCAGAAGCUCCCUUAGUUGAGAAGAAGAGCAAGAAACCCAAAAAGAAGGAAAAGAAACACAAAGAAAAAGAGAGAGACAAAGGAAAGAAGAAAGAGAAAGAGAAAAAGGUAGUAGAGGAGGAAGAAGAAAAAAAGGGGGAAGACUUGGAUUUCUGGCUCUCCACUGCUCCACCACCUGCUCCCACUACCCAGCCACAGAGUGAGCCUGAAGUGGGUGCUGCUGUUGUGGCUGAACCUCAAGAGGUAAAAAAGGAAGAAAGGGAAGAGCGAGAUGAGGAGGAGGAUGAUGAAGGAAAGAAAUCCUCCAAGCAUAAGAAGAAAAAGCACAAGAAAGAGAAAGAAGAGAAAUCAAAGGAUAAAAAGAAAUCCAAAAAGAAGAGUCAUCACAGCGAGGAGGAGACAACAGAGUCGGUGCAGAAUGGAACACUAGAUGAUGAACCACUACCACCUAUGUCCAGUUACCGCCUUCUGGCUGAAAAUCCCUACAUUAAAAUGACCUACGAUAUUCAAGGAAACCUCCAGAAUGAUAGUCAAGUUACUGUUUCUGUUAUCUUUGAGAACAAAAGCACUAGCUUCCUUAAGAGCAUGGAACUAAAUGUCCUGGACUCUCUCAACACUAAAAUGAUCCGACCAGAAGGAUCAUCGGUACAUGAUGGGAUACCUGUGCCCUUCCAGCUACCCCCUGGAAUCUCUAAUGAAGCCCAGUUUGUGUUUACACUUCAGAGUAUUGUUAUGGCUCAGAAGUUAAAAGGAACACUGUCCUUUAUAGUCAAAAAUGAUGAAGGUUCAACCCAUGAAAAACUAGAUUUCAAAUUGCACUUCAGUUGCGCUUCAUACUUGAUCACGACGCCUUGCUAUAGCGAUGCUUUUGCCAAGCUCCUAGAGUCUGGGGAUCUGCACAUGAGUUCUAUUAAAGUAGAUGGAAUUAGCAUUUCUUUCCAACAUCUACUGGCAAAGAUCUGUUUUCAUCAUCAUUUUUCAGUUGUGGAACGCGUUGAUUCGUGUGCAUCAAUGUACAGUCGUUCUAUCCAAGGCCAUCACGUCUGCCUACUGGUAAAAAAGGUGAGAGCAUUGUACCACUCUGAAACAAGACCUGAGAGAAACUGA